CUUUCCCUUACCCCUCCUCCCCUUUCUCCAAAUGGAGAGAGUGGGCUUUUUUUCUCAUUUAUUGAUUCGAGGGAGGCGUAUGGUACAGUCCCCGGGCCCAAACAAGAGUAAGAGUAUUGCAGUGCUCAGAAUGGUCCGACGCGACAUGGUUCGCAGCUUCGGGUUUGUAUCGCGGAAACCUGUAGCAGCUUUCCAGGUUUGAAGCAUCAGACUAAGAGGGGAAACAAACUAAAGACAAGGGAAAGAAUAUCAGUGAAUGUGAGAAACAGCAAAGACCUCCGGAUCGCGAAAUGUUGGAAUGGAAGGCGCAAACUUUGACUCGCCGUCCUCACCAGGAGGAGUAUGAAGAAGUUUGCCCGUCUGCGAAGAACGGUCACAGCCAAGGUCCGUUUCCGUGGAUUAUCCGAGAGCGCGCCGGGGGGGAUAUAAUAGGAAAGCGGUGGAUCGUAGGAACGACUGCAGCCCUGUCCCGACAACAUGGCCUCGGCUGUUAGUGUUUCAGAACAGCAGAGUAGGGACCCUGAUCGGCUGAGGAUAACGAGGAGAAACAGAAGGGAUAACAGUUGCAUGGCAGCCACAACGCUAGAUCUCGAGUAUCUGCAGCGGCCGAGUUACUGUGAUGCGGCUUUUGCUCUGGAGCAAAUCUCUGAGGGUUUUGCUACUGGAAGAAAAGCACCGUUGUGGCUGAGAGCGAAGUUUCAGAAGCUGCUUUUUAAGCUGGGCUGUUACAUUCAGAAGAACUGUGGCAAGUUUUUGGUUGUGGGCCUCCUAAUAUUCGGGGCUUUCGCUGUAGGAUUAAGGGCAGCUAACCUAGAAACCAACGUAGAAGAAUUGUGGGUGGAAGUUGGUGGAAGACUGAGCCAGGAGUUAAACUACACCCGACAAAAGAUGGGAGAGGAGGCAAUGUUUAACCCCCAGCUUAUGAUUCAGACUCCCUUGGAACCAGGCGCCAAUGUCUUAUCAACAGAAGCACUACAACAGCACCUUGAAUCUGCACUUCAAGCCAGCAGGGUACAUGUUUUUAUGUACAACAGGCAAUGGAAAUUAGAAGACGUGUGUUAUAAAUCGGGAGACCUUAUUUCGGAAUAUAAUCACUUGAACCAGAUCAUUGAAAACCUUUAUCCCUGUUUGAUAAUUACACCUUUGGACUGUUUCUGGGAGGGUGCCAAAUUACAAUCAGGAACCGCAUAUCUUCAUCUUGACAUUGCACACAUUCUCAGUGGUGGUUGUCGUGGAUUGUCAAAAAAGUACAUGCACUGGCAAGAGGAGCUGAUUAUUGGGGGUACUGCAAGGAACGGCAGUGGAAGACUUCUCAGUGCUCAGGCUUUACAGACUAUGUUUCAGUUAAUGACCCCCAAGCAGAUGUAUGAACACUUCAAGCUGUAUGACUACGUUUCACAUGUCAGCUGGAAUGAAGAGAAAGCCGCAGCUAUUCUGGAGGCCUGGCAAAGGCAGUAUGUUAAGGUCGUUCAUAAAAGUGUAACAAAGAAUUCAACUCAAAAAGUGCUCUCUUUUACCACCACUACUCUGGAUGACAUCCUUAAGUCAUUUUCAGACGUCAGUGUUAUUCGAGUAGCCAGUGGAUACUUGCUCAUGCUUGCCUAUGCCUGUUUAACCAUGCUGCGAUGGGAUUGUGCCAAGUCCCAGGGGGCUGUGGGCCUGGCAGGAGUCUUGCUGGUUGCACUUUCAGUGGCUGCAGGAUUGGGCCUGUGCUCUUUAAUCGGAAUUUCCUUUAAUGCAGCAACAACUCAGGUUUUGCCUUUUCUUGCCCUUGGUGUUGGUGUGGAUGAUGUUUUCCUUUUGGCACAUGCUUUUAGUGAGAUGGGACAGAAUAAGCGAAUCCCCUUUGAGGACAGAACUGGGGAAUGCCUGAAGAGAACUGGCGCAAGUGUGGCACUUACUUCUAUCAGCAAUGUGACUGCCUUUUUCAUGGCUGCUCUAAUUCCUAUUCCUGCCUUGCGUGCAUUUUCAUUGCAGGCUGCUGUGGUUGUGGUGUUCAACUUUGCCAUGGUACUUCUCAUCUUUCCUGCUAUUCUCAGUAUGGACCUUUACCGUCGUGAGAUUAGAAGACUUGAUAUCUUCUGCUGCUUUGCAAGCCCUUGUGCCAACAGGGUGAUUCAGAUUGAGCCUCAGGCUUAUACAGAUUGUAACCAUGACAACAGUCACUGUAGACUUCCUCUAUCCUAUAGCAGCCGCAGCUUUGCACAUGAGACUCAAAUAACCAUGCAGUCUACAGUACAGUUACGAACUGAGUAUGAUCCACGUACGAGGGCCUACUACACAACUGCUGAACCUCGCUCUGAGAUAUCUGUGCAGCCCGUCACCACCACCACCACCACGACUGCACAUGAGAAUUUCACCUGUCCGAACCCAGAAAGUGCAAGUUCUACCAGAGACCUUCUGUCACAGUUUACAGAUGGCAGCAUUCAUUGCAUUGAGCCUCCAUGCACUAAAUGGACGUUUUCUUCCUUUGCUGAAAAGCACUACGCACCAUUUAUACUGAAGCCAACAGCAAAAGUUGUGGUAGUCAUCCUUUUCCUAGCCUUGCUAGGAGUUAGUCUUUAUGGAACUACUCGGGUACGAGAUGGACUGGACCUCACAGAUAUUGUGCCACGGGAUACAAAGGAAUAUGACUUUCUUGCUGCACAGUUACAGUACUUUUCUUUUUACAACAUGUACAUCGUUACCCAGCGAAUGGAUUAUGCUAAUGCCCAGCGUUUACUUUACAAUUUCCAUGAAAGCUUCAGUAGCGUGAAGUACAUUCUCCGGGAGAAUGAACAACUUCCCAAAAUGUGGCUACAUUACUUUCGAGACUGGCUUCAAGGAUUGCAGGAUACCUUUGACACCGAAUGGGAAGCCGGGCAAAUAACGUACAACAGCUACAAAAAUGGAUCAAAUGAUGGUGUCUUGGCUUACAAACUUUUAGUUCAAACAGGCAUCAGAGAAAGACCAUUUGAUUUCAGUCAAUUAACUAAACAGCGUCUGGUCGAUGCAGAUGGAGUCAUUAACCCCAGUGCUUUCUUCAUCUACUUAACAGCCUGGGUCAGCAACGACCCUGUGGCCUAUGCUGCUUCACAGGCCAAUUUCAGGCCUCAUCCCCAGGAGUGGCUUCAUGAUAAGGCAGAUGAUAUGCCAGAAAUAAGGUUACAAAUACCAUCUGCUGAACCCAUAGAAUAUGCCCAGUUUCCUUUCUACCUCAAUGGACUGAGAGAUACCCCAGACUUUGUGGAAGUUAUUGAGAAAGUACGAAGCAUAUGUGACAACUACAGCAGUCAAGGCAUUCCUAGUUAUCCGAAUGGAUAUCCUUUCCUGUUCUGGGAGCAGUAUGUUGGUCUUAGGCACUGGCUACUUUUGGCUAUCAGCGUGGUCCUUGCCUGUACAUUCCUAGUGUGUGCCCUGUUUCUUUUGAAUCCCUGGACUGCUGGGAUCAUUGUGAUGGUGCUUGCUCUUAUGACUGUAGAGCUUUUUGGAAUGAUGGGUCUUAUUGGAAUAAAACUAAGUGCCGUGCCUGUGGUUAUCCUGAUUGCUUCUGUUGGAAUCGGUGUUGAGUUUACUGUCCAUAUAGCACUGGCCUUUCUAACUGCAAUCGGAGACCAGAACCGCAGGGCUGUAUUAGCUCUGGAGCACAUGUUUGCACCUGUGCUAGAUGGGGCCGUAUCCACACUUCUUGGAGUGUUGAUGCUUGCAGGAUCAGAGUUUGACUUCAUUGUCAGGUACUUCUUUGCUGUUCUGGCAAUUUUAACGGUUCUGGGUGUUCUCAAUGGCUUGGUGCUACUUCCAGUUCUUCUGUCAUUCUUCGGACCAUAUCCUGAGGUGUCUCCAAGUGAUGGUGGAAGCAGAUUGCCCACACCCUUACAAGAGCCACCUCCGCACGUUGUAAGGUUUGCAGCCAACCAGCCAAGUCAGACACAGAAUGCAUCAGACUCUUCAGACUCUGAGUACAGUUCACAGACUACAGAAUCUGGAAUUGGCAGUGAACUCCAUCAUUGUGAAGCUAGCCAAGGUCCAUUCCAGCAGGUUGCGCUUCAGGCCACUGAAAAUCCAGUCUUUCCUCGCACUGCUGUUGCUCCACAAAAUGUGAGGCAUCAUCAACCGAGGAGAAGGCCAGCUUCCCACCAGCAGCCACAAGACCCACCAUGGAGAAGUAGUAGGCAGCACCCAUGUGAGUCAAGGGAAGGACUGCAAAAGCCUCCUUGCAAACCACGUAUGGAUGCUUUUGAAAGCUCUGCAGAAGGACAUUCUGGACCUAGUAACAGGGAACGCAUAGGACAUGGAGCCCAUUCUUAUAGUACUAGAAACGCAGCCUUUCCUGCCAUGGGUGCUUCAGUGCCAGCAUAUUGCCAGCCUAUCACUACUGUGACAGCAUCUGCUUCUGCCUCAGUCACUGUUGCUGUGCAUCCUGCAGUGCACAGCUCAAACUCUUAUGGAGGCUUCUCGUCACAUGAGAGGAGCCACAGAAUGAGCAGUGAGCCAUUUGAGGAUCCCCAUGUGCCUUUCAAUGUACGAUAUAACAAAAGAGACUCAAAAGUGGAGGUUGUGGAGUUACAAGAUAUGGAGUACGUAGAGACAACGGGUAGCAAUAAUUCAGUUUGAACCAGAGGUGAAUUCCUGAAGUACAGAAGGCCAAAGAUGGGAGACACCUCCAUUUAGAAUCUUGAAGACAGAACUGAUUGAAGUUAAGAAAAACACAUGCUGCAUCAGGAGAACAGUUUACUGUUACUGUAACCUAUUGUAUUAUUUUGUGAAAUAUUUUUAUAAAUAUUUAAAAGGUGUAUACAUAUGUAUUGUAAAAAUGUACAAUGUAUGUAAAGUAGUAUAAAUUGAGGAGUUGCACAGCUCCUGUUAAUAGUGGAGACAAUGUUUGUUGUGCUGUGUGCCUAUAUUGUACAGUGACCUGUGUAUGUAUGUAUGUAUUUUUGCCACAGUUAAGCUUAAAUCUAGUUAUAAUUUACAGCAUACAUCACUGCUGCUUAAAUAUUGUAUAAUGUACUUGUGUAAUUCUAUGCAAAUAUUGCUUAUGUAAUAGAAAUUGUUCUGUAAAGAUACAUAAUUUGUUAAAAUGUUUUAAUUUUACUUAUCACAACCAUGUGGUAGUAUGAACUGUUACUUUUUAAACUUAAAACACGCUAUGCGUGAUAUUUUAAAAUAAGCAGAUAUGAAGGAAAAAGCACGUUAAUCUCAGAGACAUGUAGCCUUAGCUCUUAUGGUUCAUUGUUUUGUACUGUAGUGUACUUAUUUUACUGUACAGUAACCCUUGGUGCGCUUAUUUUACACUGCAACCUUGUUUGCCAAGUUUGUUAACCUUCUGAGAAUGGUAGGAAUGUAUAUGUCAGUUGUGCAGCUACAUUUUGUAUUUGCUUAAUGAGCAGUUAAAGGGCUGUCUCUUUUCUAUUUACGGGUGGGCAGAAUUGAUUCAGAAAAUUUUGCCAGGACUUUGUUGUAUAAAUAUGUGAAAAUCACUUUUUUGCAUAAUCAAAAUUUAAUUAUUGUAAAAACAUCUAGGCAGAAGCAUCAUACAAAACUGAUUUGUUUCCUUCCUUUAGUAAUGUGUUUUGCCACCCCAUGGCAAAGUGUUUAUAGUGUUUCUUUGCACAAAAUUGGACCCUUUUUUUAACCAUCAGGAAAAAAGUACAUCAACCUGCUUUUAUUAACAUUAUUCUGUUAGUUGUAUCUCAAGAGGUUAACACUGCAUGCUGACACAUUUGCUGCUACUUAUGAUAUAAACUCACCAGACUGAGUCCAUUUUAACUUGGGCAUCUUCUGGGUAUUUUGGCACUUGUUUUCAGAUACUGAAUAUUCUGUUUUUGGCAGCAAACAAGUUAACAUGUUCUCUUUCUUUUUCAUCCCCCGCCAGUCUUACUAAAUAAGCUACUGUCUUAAGCACACUAAGGGUUAAACCUCUGGAGUGUCUACUUGAUCAGCUUUCUGCCUGGCAUGCAGACUUGUCUGGACAUGAUGAGCUAAACUCCUGGUACAGCAGUAGUAGUGACUUGAUCUGAGUAUCUGAAAAGUUUUGCAACAAAAUUGCACAGCACUAAUUGGAAGGUACCUUCAGCUGCCAUGUGCACAGAUGAGCAUGUCAUUGGUAGUAAUGUCUUCCCUCUGCUGUUGCUUAGAUAUCUGUAUGUCAGUCAUUUGAUAGUUUUUUUUGGGGGGUGGGCUUGACUGUAACUCAGCUCAACGUGUGCUGUUCCCUUGCUUUUUUCCUUUUCUGUCUGCUGCUUCUGCACAGUGUAGGUGAGUUCUCUCUUUGUCAUAUUGGCAAAGGGAGAAGUCAGUGGCUGACAACUGUGUGUUUUUAUUUUUGUUUGUUUGUUUUUUUGUGAUAUUUAUAUUUUUGUAUCAUAAGAAUUUUUGCAGUAUUUGUCAUAUGCCAGUUUAUAACAAAAAAUGCAGGGAUUUUUUAUUUCUUUUGAAAACACUAUUCCAGUUACAUUUUUACUUUAUAAUGGAAUCUUUAUAUGUAUAAAGUGCUUACUAAUGUUAAAUAGAAAAGAUUAUAUAACAUUUAUGUUACAGACUCAUUGUAGCUUUUUAGUAUGAGGAUGUAAAAGGAAAAAAGAGAUAUUCAAACUGGGUUCACACACUGCCAUUUUUUUUGGUAGGAGUGGGUUUGUGUCUUUUCAUUUACAAAGAUAAAUGUAUGCCAUAUAAUUUAUUUAUAUGAAAAUUUAUUUUUGUAGUGUAUAUAGUAGUCAAGUCUUUUGACAGAACUAUAUUUUUAAAGAGUUUAUAUGUAAUGGUAUUCCAUUGGAACAGAGGCAUGGUUGCAUUGCACACUUUCAGUGUAAAUUCUACAGGGGUGGGGGUUAUUUAACAGUGUUAAAAAAGAAAAUAAUAAUAAAAAAAAAGUCACAAGAUUACAAAAACACAAAUUUUAUUCCAGUUUGUGAUCAGGUGCAUUUACCAUUUUACAUCUUGAAAGUGGAAUUUGUACAAGUUCUCUAAAUAUUAAUGUACAAACACUGCUAGAUCUUCUAACAAAAAUAAAAAAAAUAUUAUAAAUUAAAA